AUGGAGUUGGGAUCCCUGUGUGGGCCUGCUCGACAACGUCUGAAGAGGUUGGUAUCUUGGCUCCAGAGGAUGGGCCGUGUCUCGCGGCGGGAAGCAAUUGAUGCCCUGCCGGUGGCCAGCCGAUGCCUUGCUUCAGUUUAUGACUUCUUGGAAGGUUGUAAGGCACUUCGCAUGCUACGAACCAGCGCGCAGCGCACGCCUGCUUCUGGAUUGGCGCAGCCGCUGCUGCACGCUGGAGAGACGAGAAUGAUGCGAUGGAUGUAUAGACGUGCCAAGAGACUGGUUGCUGCUGUAUUGGUCCAACGGGGAAUCCGUCGGACGACCGCAGCAGCUGUCAUCUGGCUUGGGCUAUUGACUGCUGCGCUGGUGAACUUAGAGAAGUCCCUGCUUCCGGACAAGCCGAAGAAGCUACAGCUCAUAGAUCCGCCCUCUGACAAAGCCCUUGGGGCCGUGAUGGCAGUAUGUACAGUGUUGCUUAUUCCCUGGUCAGUGGGUUUUUGGUGGACCUCUCGGCCAAAAGGCAAGUGGUCGAUCCGAGACUUCCUCGUGACAGUCCUUCUCUUUGGCACUGGUGGAUUUGCAAUCUACUGUGUGCUCACGUCGAGAGAUGGAGAGGACACAUGGAUGUCGGAAAGCGGAUCCUACCUGGCGUGCUUCUACGCUGUCGCCACCUUCAAUUGCAUCAACAUCAGGCUUUUCGCCGUGGCGCUGGACUCCUUCCAUGUAAAGGCAGGCUGGCAACAUGAGCGUGUGCUCAAUCACUUUACCCUCUGCUUAGUCAGCGCCUUGGGGUUCCUGAGCCUUUUUGGAGGACCGCAUGUCGAGAGGCUGCACCUGGAGGUGCCCGGGCUUCCUGAGGCUGCGGAAGGAUAUAGCCUCUGCCAGCUCAGUGACCUACAUGCUGGACCUAUCUACGGCACAGACAAAUUGAGGUACAUAGCAGAGGGUGUGUCACAACUGGGCUGCAAUACGAUUGUCCUCAACGGCGACAUUGCAGAAGGAUCGGUGCAACUUCGUGAGCACAAUAUGGAGGCCUUCGCGAACCUGGCAUCAGCUGCCCCAGAUGGCGCAUACUAUGUUCCUGGUAACCACGAGUAUUACAAUUACAAAGGGCAGAAGGGGCAGCGUGGAGAGGCCGAAGCGUGGACAGAGUACUGGCAGCGACAUGGCUUUGCAUCGCUGAACAAUUCGCAUGUGGAGCUCCCACUGACCGGACCCAAGCUCAUUACCCUUGCAGGUGUUGAUGACACUUUGGGCGCACCCGACUUGAAGAAGGCUUUGGAUGGUCGCCAGCCGGACCUGCCGACUGUGUUGGUGGCCCACCGCCCAUGGCCCCAUGCUGAUGCCGCGGCCGAAAGCAAUGUGCAGCUCCAGCUUUCCGGACACACGCACGGAGGCCAGCUCUGGCCGAUUCAAGCGCUGGCCGCGCACUCCUCCGGCGGAUACCUCUCCGGCCUCUACAGGUUGUCCGGGGGAAAGUUUCUUCUCUACGUGUCAGAUGGGCUUGUGGGCAGCUACAUCACCCGGGUCCGCAUCCUCUCCCGCGCUGAGCUGACCAUGGCAGUGUUGCACACCGCACCCUGCGAAGUGUGCGACAAGCGCGACCUGCUCCGACAAGCCACAUUCGGGCUUUGGCUUGGUCGUGUUGCCUUUCUGUUCGGCCCGUGCAUGAUUCUCCUCGCCAUGCUUGGUGGGUGCUGCCGCGCUUGGCGAGGCAGGUCUCUGUGCGUGGAGCCUGGAAACGGAAGCUCUGAGCCGUCUCCGGCCCUGGCCGAGAUGGUGUGA